GCUCCGGGCGAGUUGAUUCACUUACUCACCCCCGAACGCCGAGUUCCUUUUCACUGUCUGUGGACAUUAAAAAAGCGAGCGGCGGCGGCGGCGGGCGCCCGGGAGAGCGAGCGGCCGGCCGGGAGAGCGAGCAGCGAGCGGGCGGCCAGAAGAGCGAGCACCACCGGCCGCAGCGCGGUGACCCCCCCCCCCCAGCCCCGGCGGGCGCGGAGCGGGAGCCGGAGCCGCUGCCGAGCCGAUCCCGGCGCCCUGACUGCGCUCCCCUCGGCCCCAGCCGGCCCUACCGGUGGCAGCGGCGGCGGCGGCGGCGGCGCGUCCUCCAGCGGCGGCAGCGGUGCUCGCAGCGCCCGAAACUUGCAACAACUGUGUGUGGAUGUAGUGGGGCUAGGGCCGCGGCCUCCUUCUCCUGCGACCUCUCUUUUCCUGACACCCAGCAGCCUCAAGUUCUGGUUGGUUGGUAGAAACCUCUGCAGCCAGGAGGAAGAGGAGGGAACCCGUGAGUACUAGACCAAUGCUGCCAGCGGUGUGAAGUUAGAAGAGCAGACACCUGUCACUGCGCUGCAGAUCUAGAAAGGAUCAUGGGGCUGGAGUGAGGUGACGGGCUGUGAGCUGCUGAUCAGCGCGGGGGACACUGGUGACUUGCAGACCGCUGAGGCUGGACGUUCAUGGCUCUCGGGUAGGACGCAGCGAAACAGCCAGAAUGAAUUCUAUGGACAGACACAUCCAGCAGACCAAUGACCGGCUGCAGUGCAUUAAGCAGCACUUACAGAAUCCUGCCAACUUCCACAAUGCCGCCACGGAGCUGCUGGACUGGUGCGGAGACCCGCGGGCCUUCCAGCGGCCCUUCGAGCAGAGUCUGAUGGGCUGCCUUACCGUGGUCAGUCGGGUAGCGGCCCAGCAAGGGUUUGACCUGGACCUUGGUUACAGACUGCUGGCUGUGUGUGCUGCAAACCGGGACAAGUUCACUCCCAAGUCCGCUGCCCUGCUGUCCUCCUGGUGUGAGGAGCUUGGCCGCCUGCUGCUGCUCCGACAUCAGAAGAGCCGCCAGAGCGACCCCCCUGGGAAACUCCCCAUGCAGCCCCCCCUCAACUCCAUGAGCUCCAUGAAACCCACUCUGUCACACAGUGAUGGGUCAUUUCCCUAUGACUCUGUCCCCUGGCAGCAGAAUACCAACCAGCCUCCCGGCUCCCUCUCCGUGGUCACCACGGUGUGGGGAGUGACCAACACCUCCCAGAGCCAGGUCCUUGGGAACCCCAUGGCCAGUGCCAACAACCCGAUGAAUCCAGGCGGCAACCCCAUGGCCUCAGGCAUGACCACCAGCAACCCCGGCCUCAACUCCCCACAGUUCGCUGGGCAGCAGCAGCAGUUCUCCACCAAGGCCGGCCCUGCACAGCCUUACAUCCAGCCGAGCAUGUACGGGCGGCCCAGCUACCCUGGCAGCGGGGGCUUCGGGGCCAGUUACCCUGGGGGUCCUAACGCCCCUGCAGGCAUGGGCAUCCCUCCACACACCAGGCCGCCAGCCGACUUCACUCAGCCAGCAGCUGCAGCCGCAGCAGCUGCAGUAGCAGCCGCCGCUGCCACAGCCACUGCCACGGCCACAGCUACAGUGGCAGCCUUGCAGGAGACACAGAACAAGGAUAUAAACCAGUAUGGACCGGUCUGUUCCUCUUUCCAGAUGGGUCCCACCCAGGCGUAUAACAGCCAAUUCAUGAACCAGCCCGGGCCACGUGGGCCUGCCUCCAUGGGGGGUAGCAUGAACCCUGCCAGCAUGGCGGCUGGCAUGACUCCCUCAGGGAUGAGCGGCCCCCCCAUGGGCAUGAACCAGCCCCGGCCGCCCGGCAUCAGCCCCUUUGGCACACACGGGCAGCGGAUGCCCCAGCAGACGUACCCGGGCCCCCGGCCCCAGUCCCUUCCUAUUCAGAGCAUAAAGAGGCCAUACCCAGGAGAGCCACAGCCCAACUAUGGAAACCAGCAAUAUGGACCAAACAGCCAGUUCCCCACCCAGCCGGGCCAGUACCCUACUCCUAACCCUCCAAGGCCACUCACCUCCCCCAACUACCCCGGGCAAAGGAUGCCAAGCCAACCCAGCACCGGGCAGUACCCGCCCCCCACGGUCAACAUGGGGCAGUAUUACAAGCCAGAACAGUUUAAUGGACAGAACAAUGCCUUCUCGGGGAGCAGCUACAGCAACUACAGCCAAGGGAAUGUCAGUAGGCCUCCCAGGCCGGUUCCUGUGGCAAAUUACCCCCACUCACCUGUUCCAGGCAACCCCACGCCCCCCAUGACCCCUGGGAGCAGCAUCCCUCCCUACCUGUCCCCCAGCCAAGAUGUCAAACCACCUUUCCCACCUGACAUCAAGCCAAAUAUGAGCGCUCUGCCGCCACCCCCAGCCAACCACAAUGAUGAGCUGCGGCUCACAUUCCCCGUGAGGGAUGGUGUGGUGCUGGAGCCCUUCCGCUUGGAGCACAACCUGGCCGUCAGCAACCACGUGUUCCACCUGCGGCCCACGGUCCACCAGACGCUGAUGUGGAGGUCCGACUUAGAGCUACAGUUCAAGUGCUACCACCAUGAGGACCGGCAGAUGAACACCAACUGGCCGGCCUCCGUGCAGGUCAGCGUCAACGCCACUCCCCUCACCAUUGAGCGUGGCGACAAUAAGACCUCACAUAAGCCGCUACACCUCAAGCACGUCUGCCAGCCGGGCCGCAACACCAUCCAGAUCACCGUGACCGCCUGCUGCUGUUCCCACCUCUUCGUGCUGCAGCUGGUGCACCGACCCUCCGUGCGCUCUGUGCUACAGGGUCUCCUCAAGAAGCGCCUGCUCCCAGCUGAGCACUGCAUCACAAAAAUCAAGAGGAAUUUCAGCAGUGUGGCCGCCUCCUCGGGCAACACAACCCUCAACGGGGAGGAUGGAGUGGAGCAGACAGCCAUCAAGGUGUCCCUCAAGUGUCCCAUCACGUUCCGGCGCAUCCAGCUGCCCGCACGAGGCCAUGACUGCAAGCAUGUCCAGUGCUUUGACCUGGAGUCGUACCUGCAGCUGAACUGUGAGAGAGGAACCUGGAGGUGUCCUGUAUGCAAUAAAACUGCUCUACUCGAGGGCCUGGAGGUGGAUCAGUACAUGUGGGGGAUCCUUAAUGCCAUCCAACACUCCGAGUUCGAAGAAGUUACCAUCGACCCCACCUGCAGCUGGCGGCCGGUGCCUAUCAAGUCCGACCUGCACAUUAAGGAUGACCCCGACGGCAUCCCCUCCAAACGGUUCAAGACCAUGAGCCCUAGCCAGAUGAUUAUGCCCAACGUCAUGGAGAUGAUUGCUGCCCUGGGCCCUGGCCCGUCCCCCUAUCCGCUCCCGCCUCCCCCCAGCGGCACCAACUCCAAUGACUACAGCAACCAAGGCAACAACUACCAGGGCCAUGGCAAUUUUGACUUUCCCCACGGGAACCCUGGUGGGACAUCCAUGAACGACUUCAUGCAUGGUCCCCCCCAGCUCUCCCACCCCCCGGACAUGCCCAACAACAUGGCCGCCCUGGAGAAACCCCUCAGUCAUCCCAUGCAAGAAACCAUGCCCCACGCUGGCAGUUCUGACCAGCCCCAUCCCUCCAUACAACAAGGUUUGCACGUACCACACCCCAGCAGCCAGUCAGGGCCUCCAUUACAUCACAGUGGGGCUCCUCCUCCUCCUCCUUCCCAGCCUCCCCGGCAGCCACCACAGGCCGCUCCCAGCAACCAUCCACACAGCGACCUGACCUUUAACCCCUCCUCAGCCUUAGAGGGUCAGGCCGGAGCACAGGGAGCAUCCGACAUGCCGGAGCCUUCACUGGAUCUCCUGCCAGAACUCACAAACCCUGAUGAGCUCCUCUCCUACCUGGAUCCCCCCGACCUUCCGAGCAAUAGCAACGAUGACCUCCUGUCUCUCUUUGAGAACAACUGAAGGCUACCCUCUGUUGGGGGCCACCCCUCCCCACUCUGCCUCCUGCCCUGUCUGUCCCACACACUUGCCCUCCCUCCCAGGUGCCCGUGUCACGCCACCCCUUGCCAGAAUCAUGGGCCAGGGUGGUGGACAGGUACACCGGGAAGGUUGUAUAGGGCUACAGCUGCAUCCCCCUGAACGCCCAGAGCUCGAAGAUGACCCCCCACUGAGGGGCGCCUGGUCCAGCAAGAGGCCCAGGCCCAUGGUGGUGUCAGGUGGCUCUAGAUGACCUUCCAAUGCAAUGCCCCCCCCCCCCCCCAAGUUCUUCCAUUUUCUAAACUGUAGCCCUGCUUCCCAGCCCAGAGCCUCCUUCAAGUGACUAGAGCCUGAAAGAACCACCCCCACCUCCAGGCCAGGUUGGGGUGGGGGGACAGCAAGCCUUUGGAGGAGCAAUGACAGUUGGCCACAGUGAGAAUUGCCUACCCACCACCAUCCACCCCAGAAAAGCACAAAUCUAGGAAGGAGAACAUCUCUCCAGGCCGAGGGCAUGCGCUCUGGUCUCUACCAUCUACGCCGAGAAGCCGUGUCAACACUUGUCAGAAAAACAGAAAAAAGAGAAGGUGAUGAGCCUGAGGAUCUCCCAUUUCUACUCGAGAAGGAUGGAAAGGGGGGAUCAGGGCCAGCCUGGAGCCAGGACAACACAUUGGAGGCUCCAUGACCUGGCCUGCAAAAUCAGAGCCCAGUCUUGGACAGAAAAAAGAACAUGUGCCAGAGAGAGGACACAUAUGUGUACACCCAACCAACACGACUGUGCGCUCAGUUGGGGGCCGCCGGAGGAAUUGGCAGCUGCAAGUCCAUCAGGAGCAGCCCCUCACAACUUUGCUAUAAGCCACUCCCUGUUUUAAACUGUGAAAGUGACCGUGGAAAGUUCUGAAGUCACCAAAGGAAAGGCACGUUGGACUUCGACGACAAGCAAACCGUUUCCCUCAUGUACUCUUCUUGUUUUCUUCUUCCUGACCCCACCUGCCUCUCCUAGACUGUUCAAUGGGACAUGGCUUCCUUCUGGGUCCACAUCCUUGUGUGUCCAGCCAGUGGCAGGGUACACGGUGGAGAGACAGGACAGGGACAGCUGGGACAGAAGCCUGAGCUGGCCAACCGGAAGUCCAGCACAUCUGUGUCUCAGGCUGCCUCACACUGCAGCCCAGACCGUCAACUGCAUGCCCCAAGAUACUCCACAGGCAACGUGUGGGCUAUGUGUGUGCCUGUCGACCACCCCCUCAGCAUCGCCCCUCCACACUCCUGCUCAGCAAAAGCAGCCUCUGGUCUUCCCUCUUCACUCCAUCUGGCUUAGGGCCCUCAAGGGGCUUUGUCACACAGCCACUUUGUUCCAGGCUGAGCCAUGGUGAUACUGGGUUGUCCUGUCACUUGGGGUCCCAUCUGUAAAAUUCUUGGCACCCUUCCCUGCUGCUGCCGCUGCCGCCGCCACCACCCUGAGCCCUGCCCUGCCUUCCCAUCCGCUGUCGGUGUCCUUGGUGGCUGUCAAAGUCCCCGUCCGAGUGCGGGCGGUCAGUGUUCCCCAGCGCUGUUUGGCUUGUGCCUGAAAGGUGGUCCCAGCUGUUUGACUCUAUGGUCACCUCACCGAAACGGCACAAGGUUUGCUUGUAGGAAGGCUGCCCUCGUCCCCCCCACCCCCGCCCCCCUCUUUUUCUUCCUUUUUCCCUUUUGUCGAGGUUUUAUCCAGAUCACCUGUUGUUCAGUAUGCAAAUCAGUUAUUUUAAGACUUCGCUUUUGUAAAUAUCUUUGUGAAUAUUUUAGUAUCGUCUUUGAUAAUAUUCCAACAUUUUCAUGACCUGGUUAUUGCCUUUGCUGGUGUUUUUAAAAUACCUUGACUCAACAACAGACACUGAGUCUUUUUUUAGAAAAAAAAAAAAAAAAAAAUCAAACAACAAAAAAAAGCAACCAGGGCUAUUUGUUAUAGAUGAGCGAGGAGCAGAAGGGUGGUUACACUGGGAGGUUGUAGAUCUGGAAGCCCGCUCUUGAGAGCCAUCCCCCCACCGUGGCAGCUGAUCGGGACAAGACUAUGCCAAGUAGUAUGCGGCAGUACCUGCCCUGUGCCUGUGGCCUGGCACAUAGCCACAAACUGCAUUGGACCACCUGGAAUGUCAGCUUCAGACAGACUGACAGAUGCCUUUCCUUAGAAGUUUCUGCUUUCUGCUGUGAUACAGUCAUCUAGAAAGGCCCAGGGUCCCUGCUGGUUCUUGUCACUGUACCUCAGUUUUGUUCAUAGACCUACCCUCAGCUUUCUAGUGCAGAGGGGCUAAAUCUAUCCAGGCCCUCCUCCCCCUGCCAUCUUGGGCUGGCUUCCUGACUUCCCUGCCAUACAGGCUUCUAGGGCCAAAGUCCUUACAGAGCCCUUUCAACCAGCUCCGGCCCACCGUGCCUGAAAGCUGGGGGCACGAGGGGUGCCCUUGUCCAGAAUAGUUCUUUGAGUGUGAGAGAGCUAGAACCAUCCCUUAGACAUGACAAAUAAGGCAACGUCCGUUAGCAGAGGCAGGGCCGCGUUCUAGAAAGUUAACCUCCUGACCCUGGAGCCAUAAGUAACCUCGACAAAAGAAGAAAUGGUCUCAGUAAGCCACUUUCCUGUGCCAGCUCCUUCCACCCACCCGCUGGCAGGAGUCUGUCCCCAACUCCACAAAAUGGGGUGGGAACAGGCAGGCAGAAAAGGCCCCGUAUAGGCAAUCAUCCCAUCUUCUUGGUUUGAAGCUUUAUCCAUGUAUCAUGUUCCCCAGUAGCAGUUUUAUUUUUGAAGAAACUUCUAAUCCUUUUCCCUCAGCUGUAACGCCCAGAGAGCUAUAUUUUGCUGCCGACGGGUUUCAGGCCUGACCUGUCCAGACAGGGCAGUGAGCAGCCACAGUGGCUCAAGGGACGUGUGUGUACAUAUGUAAAUGAGAAAUAGACAUGUCAACAGAUGCUUUCAUUUCUCUUGGAAUGUGUAUUGUUUUUAUUUUACAAAACAACCACAAAAAAAAAGGCUUGAAACUCCAUCAUGCGUGGAAAAGAAAAAAAAAAAACUAGAUCCUGUUAGCAUUUGUCUCCGCUGUGUAAUAUACUCUGACCCUGUGUGGAAAGGUAUUUUUUUUUCGUUCUUGUUUUUAAUUUUUACCUACCUGUACUAUUGAGCUUCAGUGUGCUAGUUCUGCCACCUGUGUAUUUUUAGGGUGCUAUGGAAAUAAUGAAACGGGGGAUUUCAGAAGAAAAUUGUAACCAAAUUCAUAACUUUGUAUAAUUUUUUGAUAUCAUGAUCACAGGUAAUCCACAUGCCCACACAUCGACACGCCCACCAGUGCAGCCUGAAGUGACUCCCACCUGAACCGCCAUCGUCUACAUUGUCUGUACAAUGCAAUCAUUUCAUCUCUUCAACUGGUCAGAAAACUAAUUGUGGUUUCUAGUCUUGCAAAGCUGUAUGUAGUUAGAUGAUGUGACCUCUAAUAUUUAUCUAAUAAAUAUGUAUUCAGAUGAAACCUGUA